AUGUGGGCACAUUCCAUGACUGUUCAAGAUUACCAGGAUCUCAUAGAUAGAGGAUGGCGAAGAAGUGGAAAAUACGUCUACAAACCUAUCAUGAAUCAAACAUGUUGUCCUCAAUACACAAUAAGGUGCCAAGCUUUGCAUUUUCAGAUCUCCAAAUCUCACAAGAAAGUUCUGAAGAAAAUGUUGAAGUUUAUUUCCAAAGGAGACGUUUCGAAAGCAGCGAAUGAAGAAGAACCUAUGGAUUCCCAUAUAGAAGAUGCAGUUGUGUGUGAUUUUGCACACAAAAGUGAGUCUCAAGUCAGUCAGUCUGAGCUGACUCCCUUGAGUGUGGAUCACACAGAGCGGGUGGAAAAUGAAGAUAAGGACACUGAAGAAACAGAAGAGGUGAAUGAGCAGAAGGUGGAAUCAGGUUCCCUUCAGAUACGUGCAGAUCAAGACAAACCAGCCCCUGGAGAACCAUCACAUUCGGCUAAAAUUGUCCAUGCACCACCUAAGCCAGGGAAAGGGGCUGACCUGAGCAAGCCGCCGUGUCGAAAAGCAAAGGACAUCCGGAAAGAAAGAAAACUGCAGAAGCUCCUUCAGAAGCAGAUGUGCACGUUAGAAGGCUCCCAGCUUCAAGCAGGAGAUCAAGUUCUCCUCUCUCAAAACUCUAAAUCUAAAACAAACCAACCUAAAACCAUUGAAGACUUCAUUUUUGUCUCUUUACCUGAUGAUGCGCCACACAAAUUAGAGGUGAGGUUAGUACCUGUCUCCCUUGAGGACCCCCAGUUCAAAUCAUCCUUCAACCAGUCAGCCACUUUAUUUGCCAAGUAUCAGAUGGCUAUACACAAGGAUACACCACCUGAAUGUGGCGAAAAUGAGUUCACACGAUUCCUCUGUGAUUCUCCUCUGGAGGCAGAGAAUGCACCAGAUGGACCAGACUGUGGUUAUGGGUCUUUCCACCAGCAAUACUGGCUGGAUGGGAAGAUCAUUGCUGUGGGUGUAAUUGAUAUCCUGCCCUACUGCGUGUCCUCAGUCUACCUGUACUAUGAUCCAGACUAUUCUUUCUUAUCUUUGGGAGUCUACUCUGCAUUAAGGGAAAUUGCUUUCACCAGGCAACUUCAUGAAAAAGCUCCUGAUCUCUCUUUUUAUUAUAUGGGUUUCUACAUUCAUUCAUGCCCCAAAAUGAGAUACAAGUGUCAGUACAAGCCCUCUGAUCUGUUGUGCCCUGAGACCUACGUCUGGACUCCUAUUGAGCAAUGUCUGCCCCUGCUCGAGCAUUCAAAAUACUGUCGAUUCAACCAGGAUGUAAAGGCAGUUGAUGAAGGUCGUGUUAAGGAACUGGGCAGAGUGACAGUGCUUCACAAGAGGAUCAUGAUGCCUUACAGUGUGUAUAAGAAAAGAAGGAAGGGGCCAAGUGAUGAGGCCGUUGUUCAGCAAUAUGCAAGUUUGGUGGGACAGAGCUGUUCUGAAAGGAUGUUGUUGUUUAGAAGUUGA